GUGGAGUCUGCUGCUGUUGGGGAAGAGGAAUGCUGUGGCUCGCUCCAGGAUCCCGGGGUCGUGAUGAGAAGUGCUUCUGAAGGUUGGCCCAAGCCCCUUUUUGUCGCGCCUCUAUGCACUGAGCCUCUUUCAUCUGCCCGCCCUGGAUCUCGCAGGCUGGUUUUGUUUGGCCCCAGCUGUCUCUCCUAUUUUGCCCACCCCGCCAUCGGUGCCUUCGUUCUUGAAGCCACCGACCUCUCACAGCUGGAAGUGCGGGCCAGGCAGGACCCCUGCUACAGACAGCGCCCAAGAGUUUGGCGACAUCCGGCCGGCCGGGUUGGCACCCCGCACUUCGUGUUUUUCGCUAGCAAAGUUUCUCGGUGGAAGAGAAGCCCCUCCAGCUUUCUCUUGAUCCUGUAGCGGGCGCGCGCUCCGCUUCUCUCCCCUCCGCUUCUCUCCCCAGUGACCGCGCUCCGGAACGGGGUUGUGGCUUUGCUCCUGCUGCUGGCCUGGCUGCCUUGCGGGCGGAGCUUGGGGAAUCCGAGGAGCCGGCGCGAGAACCCUCUACUAAGCGCGAGUCCGGAGAGAGCGCCGGCGAGCAGGCGAGCUAAUAGCCACAGCCUAGCAUUAGCUAGGGUGCCUGCACACUGAACUGAAUCCCCGAAGGGACGCUCAGGCUGCGCCCCGUCUUCUGUCCUGGCUCAGUUCUCGGCUGACUUGAGAGAGCAUACUGGUCAGGGCUCCUCGAAAGAAGCUGCUGAGUGUCGGUGCCCCCAACAGAGUGGCUACCCCCCUGCCUGGGGGGCUGCGAAAGGCAGAGCCGCCACAGAAACAGCUAUUCCCAUGGCUCUUGACGCGCCUGGCACUGGACCCCGGGCUGGGCGCUAAGAUGCUUGCUUUUGUCUUGUCCAAGUUCCACAGCACGUAUGUUGACGAUUGGAAUCCUGGGCCAAUUAAGAGUCAAGUCUCAAAGUGGUACUCCUGGGCUCUUCAUUCCAGACUCCAACACGUCUAAUUUGAGACUAGAACAGAGCGGUCUCCUGCUCUAACUAGUGGAUCUCCGUUCUGGAAUUGGACUUGACAGUUCUCUUCACAAAUACUUGGACUGCAGUGGCUAUAAGGUUCUUUUGGGGGGUGGGGAUGGGAGUGCUCUGAAGACCAGCCCACAACACUCAGGACCUCAACAAUGGACCGAGUUUUUGAAAUUCCUGAGGAGCCAAACGUGGAGCCGAUAUCCUCUCUGGAGGAAGAUGUCAUCCAUGGGGCCAACCCCCGAUUUACCUUUCCAUUUGGCAUCCUCUUCUCCACGUUCUUGUACUGUGGGGAGGCAGCAUCUGCCUUGUACAUGGUUAGAAUCUAUCGGAAGAAUAGUGAAACCUACUGGAUGACAUACACCUUUUCCUUCUUUAUGUUUUCAUCCAUUAUGGUCCAGUUGACCCUCAUUUUUGUCCACAGAGAUCUUGCCAAAGACAAGCCGCUAUCAUUGUUUAUGCAUCUGAUCCUCUUGGGACCUGUUAUCAGAUGUUUGGAGGCCAUGAUUAAGUACUUCACACUGUGGAAGAAAGAGGGGCAGGAGGAGCCCUAUGUCAGCCUCACCCGCAAGAAGAUGCUAAUAAAUGGCGAGGAGGUGCUGACAGAAUGGGAGGUGGGCCACUCCAUCCGGACCUUGGCUAUGCACCGCAAUGCCUACAAGCGUAUGUCACAGAUCCAAGCCUUCCUGGGCUCAGUGCCCCAGCUGACCUAUCAGCUCUAUGUGACCCUGAUCUCUGCAGAGGUCCCCUUGGGUAGAGCUGUGCUAAUGGUCUUUUCCCUGAUAUCUGUCACCUAUGGGGCUACCCUCUGCAAUAUGUUGGCUAUCCAGAUCAAGUACGAUGAAUACAAGAUUCGCCUUGGGCCACUAGAAGUCCUGUGCAUCACCAUUUGGCGGACAUUGGAGAUCACCUCCCGCCUUGUGAUUCUCGUGCUCUUUUCAGCCACCUUGAAAUUGAAGGCUGUGCCCUUCUUAUUGCUGAACUUCCUGAUCAUCUUCUUUGAGCCUUGGGUUAAGUUCUGGAGGAGUGGUGCCCAGAUGCCCAGUAACAUUGAGAAAAAUUUCAGCCGGGUUGGCACCCUGGUGGUAUUGAUUUCUGUUACCACCCUCUAUGCUGGCAUCAACUUCUCUUGCUGGUCAGCUUUGCAGUUGAAGUUAGCAGACAGGGACCUUGUUGAGAAAGGUCAGAACUGGGGACAUAUGGGCCUGCACUAUAGUGUGAGAUUGGUAGAGAAUGUGAUCAUGGUCUUGGUUUUUAAGUUCUUUGGAGUGAAAGUGUUACUGAAUUACUGUCAUUCCUUGAUUGCCUUGCAGCUCAUUAUUGCCUAUCUGAUUUCCAUUGGCUUCAUGCUCCUUUUCUUCCAGUACUUGCACCCAUUGCGCUCACUCUUCACCCACAAUGUAGUGGACUACCUCUGCUGUGUCUGCUGCCACCGGCACCCUCGGGGCAGGGUUGAGAACUCAGAGCCAUCCGUUGAUGCUGAAGCAAGGGAAAGCACUGUCUGAUUCUAUCUGUUGGGUAUUUGGGGAUGGGUUGGGGGUUGCCAAGAACAACUGUGAAAUUGAAGGAGGUGAUGAGGCUCAUGGGUGAGUACCCACCAGGACAUCUUUAUGAGUUUUAUGUAAGCCUAUCAGAAGAAAGAGCAGCCCCCAAAUAGAUUUGAUUUCCUUAAGAUUGACUGCUAUGUUUGGAUACCAAGGUAACCACUGGGUACCCGGAAGGGUCAGAGAUAUCAUUCACAUUCCUCCCACACAGGUCAGCUGUCUGGCUGCCCUAUGAGAUAACUUACCUCUAUGCACCUAAGGCUCUCUGUGACCUUUAAGCUCUGCUCAUUUGCUUGAGCAUUACUGAGCUUUCUGUGGGCUGAACUGAAUGGCCCAGAAUCCCACCAGAAUAUAUCCUGACUAAUCAGAGGAUGUGACUACUUACCAGCUAUGGGUACCUCCCAGGAAACAGUCUAAUGUGAAACAUGUAACUGUGAACGUGGCUGGAGUCUUUUAAUUCCAAUGAGAAACACUGAUUAAGCGGAAAGCCCCCACUAUUAAAAGAGCUGCUCCCCAAAUGAGUUAGCUCUCCAUUAGGACUUUACUAGUGAUCAUUCAUCAAGGAUCUUUGUUUUCAAUGGCCCUUCAAAGACAUACUCUGAGGAGGGAGUACAGAGUAGGAUUCCUUCAAGGCAUAAAGCAGAAUGACUCUUUAUCUCAGGGACCUGCAGGGGCCUCCAGUGUGUUGAGUGGAGUGGUUGAAUCAAAGCUCUCACUUCAUGCCUCCUUAUCAGGGAUUCCCUCCAACCUGGCUUUUCUGUGCUCUUUGACCAACAUUGAUGGAAAUCUCAGAGAAGCUGAACUGUGAUUGAAAAUGCUUCUAAUGUGUGGAAGAAAUGAAGAUUGCUUUGUGUCUCCUACUAUCCUGAGUAUUCUGUUGAUUUAUUUUUUUUAGGGGAGAGAGAUGUAGUAAUAGCUAGGACAUCACCUUUAUGUUGCUUGGGGUUGGGAGAGUGGCUAACACUCCAAGGUAGAGUGGAGGCAGAGGGGGGAAACCAGGUCAUGUUAAAUCAUCAUCUGCCCACAGGAUUUUAUUUUCUAAUAAGGAGCAUGUCCUUAUCAACCAUCUGCUCAUUCCCACACCUCCAGUGGGUGAAUGCAGGUCUCCCUUCCUUAUGUAUCUUAAUGUUUAUAUCUCAUAUGAGUUGGAUAUUUUGAUGAGAAUGUCAGCUGCAUGUCUCUAAAGUCACCAAGGAAUUGAAGUUACUGUGGCCACUGCCUAUUGGGACCGAGUAUCCCAGCAUUUACCUAACUAAUGCUUGCCUGUUACAGACCAGGAAAGUGAGAAAAAGUCCUAGUAGCAUGUACCAGUUGUGCCCACCACGAUGCUGUGAGGAAUUGUUAACAGUCUAACCUAAGGCUUUUCAUUCUCGUCCAGUUUUACUCUUGGGAUCAUGUUAAGAAUUCAUCUUUAGCCAUUUCCCCUCCUCUUAUCCAGUGUCAGGACAUUAUGGUGGAAGAGCUCCCUCUUCUAACUAGCAGGGCUAUGAGCCAGAAUUGUCCUAGUUCCUGACAUGCCUAGUGUGGUUUUCCCAUCUUCAACCACUGUUUGGGGCUAAAAGGAUUGGAUACUAAUUUGGGGGAGAGUAAAGUGACUUGCUUUGGAGCAGUGGAGAUUUCCUUUUUCAACCUAAGUCCCUCAUUCCUCAUCCUCAUUUUUCAUAAUGGAGAUGUAGGUUGUUAUCAUAAAAAGCACACACUGCUGUCCUCUGACUGUUAUUCAGGUGAAUCUGAAAGAAAUAAUCUACCAAACCUCCAGAAGAACACACUGCCUCUUUGGAAUUCAAGCAAGAAUUUCUCCCUAGUGGUUAAUGUGCCUUCCAUUAAGAGCAAGAGCAGUGUGGAACUAUAAUUUGGUCCAUAAAAGCCAUGUGAGUCAGCUACUUAAGGGUCAGGUGCUAUGAGAACAUAGAGACACACAGUGAGCAAGGCAAGCCAAUUAGAGCUGGAGUGGAGAUACACAUGGCAGAAAAAUGUGCCUCCCGCUGGACCAGGCAUAUUUUCCCCCACGUAUCCUCUCCAGCCUCAGUGACUUAAUAUCCCAGGAAUGCAGGGAGUUUAGGGUAAGGAGUGUGGACCAAGUUCCACCUGAAAAACCUGCUGCUCUUACCUACAGAGAAGAGACACUAGUGAUACAUUAUACAAAUGAAGCUUCAGAACCUCCUAUAGGUGGUGGCCUUUCUGUUCCACAGCAAUCUUACGGAUACACACGAGAUGAAGAAAUUGUGGGAUAUAGGGGUAGCGCAGAGAAAAGUGCUCCUUUCCAUCCGCAGACACUUCAUUAAUUGACUGCUCUCUUUUUACCUUCUGAAAUCUUAAAGCCACACAGUGUACAUUUGUAGGGGCAAGUCUAACUGAGUGGCAGAGGAGGCAGAAAUGGGGCCAGCAAAUGGGUCUUGGAGUGCAGAAUCACAGUGUUUGGGGGCAAAUGCUAGGCUGUUGUAACAACUAUCCUCAUGUCAUUAGAAAUUCAGUAGGCUAAGUAUGGGCAAAUGAACGUAUUAAGGAAACGUAUUAAAUAAACUAAUGGUUGUCAAUUUCAUUUGCUUCACAAAUUCUUUAAAGACUAUGGGCAUAGAACCAUGAGACACUGUAGGAUAAUUAAAUACUAGCUAAUAUUUAUGAACACUAUAUGCAUUAUUUCAUUCAAUCCUCACAACAACUCUUAUGAGGGUAGGUACUGCUAUUCCGCAUUUUAUACAUGAAGAUUCUAAGUCAUAGAAAAGUGAAGUGACCUACCUAAGGUCACAGAGAGCGUCAGAGCCAAGAUUCAGUCUUGAUAUACUCUUGAU